UUCAGCUAUUAGCUCCUAAAAAGUCAAAUUACUUCUUCCGCGGGACUCUUAACAGCCAAUGUCUCUUUUUUCUUUCUUCUCUCUUCUCGGCUUCUCGUUCACACUGCGUGGAAAAGCAGAUGAGAAUGGCGCAACAUUGCACCUACGCUUCCAAUCCCUACCACGUCUGCAACAAGUAUUGUUCGCAGAGAGCUGCUCGAUCGAAGGAUUCGGCCGUCGAUGAAAGCUUAGCUCCAAGAGCUGUUGGUGUAGAGGAAAAUGGAGAGAGGACGGAAGUAAGAAGAAUUGUGAAUCCUUUAUGCGGGUACGCAUCCAAUCCUUUCCACAAGUGUACCGAUUUCUGCACUCGAAGGAACCCCAAUAAAAAAAGCUCACAAAAGGGAGCUUCUUUCAUUCUUCCCUCCAUGUCUUCAGAAGGAAGAAAGGAAAGAGCGAUGACUGUGAGUACUAAUAAGGUGAAUCCUAAUUGCUCGUAUGCAUCUAAUCCUUAUCAUCAAUGUACAAAAAACUGCUCUCAGAGAACCCAAAAGAUGACUGAGAUAGAGCAAGGCAAGCCAGGAAUUGCUGCUAUUGUGGGCGCAGGAAGAAGUAGCAGAAGUAUGGGGGGGACACAGAGGAAUAACGUAGAUCCUAGAUGCAAAUAUGCAUCAAACCCAUAUCACAAAUGUUCUUCCUUUUGCUCCCUGAAAAUCAACCAAGUGGCAUAAAUAACACAAGAACACACUUCAGGUGUCUGUUUGAAUGGUUCGGCUUCUCUUCUGGUCUCUUCGUUGAUCUUUUCCUGGACUUUUACCGGGUUAUCUGGAAUGAUUCAUGCUUCAUGUGGCUUGACUGAGUUUUUAGCAAUCUAUAUAUUAUUUUCUGCGGCUAUUUGCUGUUUGGGUGUUUCCCAUUGAGGAUGAUCUUGGCGGAUUAUGUGCUUGGCUUUAGCAUUAUAGAUAUAGGAUCUUACAUAUGUACAAAAAUUUAACUAGCAUUUAAAGAAAAUUUUAUAUUUUAAUGUGUUAUUACAAACUUCUCAAUUUUGAGAGAGAUUAUCUCCUUCUAUAAAUCGAAGACUUAAUUUUAUGAUGA